UCUUUUCAAACAAUUCCUAAAAUCUGCCCCACCCUUCACCGUCGCCGCAGUGGCUCUGCCUCUUUCUCACACGCGCGCAUGCUGUUUGCAGAACCAUUCCUUCUUGGAGGCCUCCAAAGCCAUUUGCUCCCUCAACAUGACUUUAAUCACUUCUCUCGAGCUCAACUAUCUCGUGUUUCGCUACUUUCAGGAAUCAGGUUUCACGCAUGCUGCUUUUGCAUUUGGAAAUGAGGCUGGUAUUAACAAAUGCCCCAUUGAUGGAAAUUUGGUACCACCGGGUGCUCUUAUUAAACUUGUUCAGAAGGGGCUACAGUACUUGGAGAUGGAAGCCAACUUGAGCAAUUGUGAUGCAGAAGUAGAUGAAGAUUUUUCGUUCUUACAACCUUUGGAUCUUAUCACAAAGGAUGUGCAUGGUCUUAGGAAAAUGGUAAAUGAAAGAAGGAAAAAACUAUACAAGGAUAGAAAUAAGGAAUCUGAAAAGGAGCAUGAAGGUGGGCGAGGAUGGGUAAGAGAAAAAGAAAGACAUGAAAGGGAGAAAGAUUGUGAAAAGGAUGGAGAGAAGGUUGAAAAUCAUAAAGAGCAAGAACAGCAACAUGAAAAUCCGACUGGUAGAGAAAUGGUCACAGAUGAAGAAGAUUGGGUGACUGUAGACCACGAAGAGAAUGAAGCAUUUAGAGAACCCAUGGACAUCUGUACCACAUCCACAUCCCAGCCAUGUGAAAUUCCUGGGUCAGAUGUGACAGUUUUGGAAGGGCAUACUUCAGAGGUGUGUGCUUGCGCAUGGAGUCCUACAGGAUCUCUUCUAGCAUCAGGGUCUGGGGAUUCAACAGCUCGUAUUUGGACAAUAGCAGAAGGGAGAUGCAAAUCUGGUUCGCAGGAUGGCCCUUUGAAUGUAUUGGUGUUGAAGCAUGUUAGGGGUAAAACAAAUGAAAAAAGUAAUGAUGUCACUACACUUGAUUGGAAUGGGGAGGGGACUCUACUUGCAACUGGUUCAUAUGAUGGGCAAGCAAGAAUUUGGACCACUAAUGGUAACUUGAGGAGUACAUUAAGUAGACACAAGGGACCCAUUUUCUCUCUGAAGUGGAAUAAGAAAGGUGAUUAUCUUCUCACUGGAAGUUGUGAUCAAACUGCAAUUGUAUGGGAUGUGAAAGCUGAGGAAUGGAAACAACAAUUUGAAUUUCAUUCAGGUCCAACACUUGAUGUUGACUGGCGUAACAAUGUGUCAUUUGCAACAAGCUCCACUGACACCAUGAUACAUGUUUGCAAGAUCGGUGAAGACCACCCCAUAAAAACUUUUGCUGGUCACCGGAAUGAAGUUAAUUGUAUCAAAUGGGAUCCCACUGGUUCAUUACUGGCCUCGUGUUCUGAUGAUAGCACUGCAAAGAUAUGGAGUAUGAAGCAAGAUAAAUGUCUCCAUGAUUUUAGGGAGCAUUCCAAGGACAUAUAUACUAUCAGAUGGAGCCCAACUGGUCCUGGUACAAGUAAUCCUAAUAAAAAAUUAGUGUUGGCUAGUGCAUCAUUUGACUCAACGAUAAAGCUAUGGGACGUGGAACUUGGGAAACUUAUCUACAGCUUGAAUGGACACAGAGAUCGUGUAUAUUCUGUUGCAUUCAGUCCGAAUGGUGAGUACUUAGCCAGUGGAUCUCCUGACAAAUCGAUUCACAUAUGGUCCUUGAAGGAAGGCAAGAUCAUUAAAAACUACACUGGUGAUGGAGGCAUUUUUGAGGUCUGUUGGAAUAAGGAGGGUGACAAGAUUGCUGCCUGUUUUGCAAAUAAUACAGUUCGUGUUUUGGAUUUCAGAUUGUAAUAUCCUGAGAAGCACUAAGAUAUUUUGGUUAGUUAAUUUAUUCCCCUCUCCUUGCUUUUGAUGAGAUCGGUGGAACUGUAAUACCCCUAUUUUGGGUGGGUAGUUUCCCCUGUCAAUCAUAGUUGUAGGGCAUAACUGAUGGUUCUUGGAUCCUUAUGUGCCUUGCUAUAAAUCAUAGUUGUAGGAUUGCAUUCUUGUCAUUCUUGAUUAGAAAUUGUAAACAUUUAGUUGGACUAAAUCAUGCAUUUUCGUUUUACCCGCGUUUACGUAAUUAAAACCCUGCUAUUUGUAG